UCACUGUUCUUAGAAGGUCGUUUGUUUUGUUUGUGUGAAGAUUGAUUUCUUAUCUGGGAUCUCUCUCUCUCUCUCUCUCUCUUCAAAACCCUUCAACUUUCUCUCUCUAAAACUCCUUCCUCUCUUUCACAACUGGCCCAGCAGAUCCAAAUUCUUCUUCAUCUUUUUCAUCAACUCAUCAUCUUGUUCUAACCUCCUUCAAUGGUGGUUUUUGCAUCUUCCUUUUAUCAUUAUUAUUAAUUAAUUAUUAAUAAUUAUUGAUAGUUAUCAAUUAAUUAUAAUAAAAAAAAUAUUUUUUAUUAUUAUUUUCAAGAUUCUUGAGAUUCUUUAGUUCUUGUUGAAGAUUAAAGAAAGUGUUGGUCAAUCUUGAAUUCUUGAAGCAGAGGGCAAAUAAGGAUGUGGGUCUAAGAUUGUGAAGUUUACCGUAUUUUUCGGGGGUUAGUCAAGACGAUAAAUCAUGUCAUUUAACUAAUGAAUGGGAACAGAAGUACACUGCAAGAGCUCUUUUGAAGAGUAUUACUCCAUGAGGGAUGUUAAUGAGGAUUCAAAUAGUAGCAAUUGGCGUAUUUUUUACGGAGAAAAAGGUUUGACUAACGGCCAUUAUUACAACGGUUUUACACCACGGACGGUCGCAGAUGCAGAUACAGAGGGCGAUAAGGAUGCAUUAAAGCAAAAGAUGCUUGAACAUGAAGCAAUUUUCAAAAAUCAGGUUUACGAACUGCAUCGUCUUUACGGAAGACAAAGAGACAUGAUGGAAGAAUUCAAAAGAAACGAGUACCAUAAACACCGUAUUUCAAUCGACACAUCAUCGUCUUCAAGCCUCUUACCAUCACAAAAGCCUUACGAAGAUGGUCAAAAAUGGCAAAUACCGAACUUCCCGAUGGUCAACUCUUGCGCUACUAGACCAUCCAUUUUUGGAGCCGAUAUAAGUAAUUCUCCUAUAAGUUGUUCAAAAGAUAUUAAUAAUAAUAAUAAUUCGAAGGAUUGUGAAAUCAUGGAAAGCAGACCGUCAAAAGUUAGAAAGAAGUUAUUUGAUCUCGAACUGCUGCCCGAUGACAACGUUGACCAUGAAGAUGAAGAAUCAAGUUAUAAAGAUACUUCAUUGGGUCAAUGUUUUAGGGGGUCAAAUGGAUUGGCUGAUCUCAAUGAGCCCGUUAACGUUGAUGAACCGAUAGCUCAUGGGCCCGUUGACGGGCUUGGACCCUCGGCUAAACCGAACGGGUCACCUUUUCAUGGCCCGACCCGUGAAUUGUUUGAGAAGUCUCAAAACGGUGCGAUUAACCCGUUAUUGCUUGACAGAAAAGGCAACGGGAGAGAUUGGCUGUCGAAUACUCGUGAAACAGGUAAUGUGCAAUUAACCAGAGUUCAGGAUAAUUCCCGUUUUACCCCUAUGCCGUUUCCGAACUCAUAUACAUCUACUUCGUACCCGUAUACGAAUCCUACAGAUUUGGUUAAUUCUUGGGGAAAGUCAAAUGGUAGUUUGACUCAUAAGUUGACUUCAUAUCAGAAACAACCGUCUUUUUUAUCGUCGCCACAAAGCCAUGUGGUUUUUGAAGACAAGUGGCGUAUGAACAUGAACGGAUGUUAUACGCCAAAUGGAUUCUAUCACGGGCCGUCAUCUGGAUCAAGAGACCCGUUUACCCGUUUGCCGUAUGGCGGGUUUGAUCAUCGAAGCAGCAAUAAUGUUGACCGGUCACAAAAGAUCGUCAAAGGUUCAAACUUUAUAGAUUUGACCGAUACUACAAAAGGCGUUGACUUGAAUAACGACAACAAAAGUUCGAGAAAAUGUGACCAAACGGUGCUUCCGUGGCUUCAUGUAAAACCAGAUGUUAAUAAAAAUGAUUCCCGGUGUGAUGAUCAUAGGGGUAAUAACGGAAAGAUUCUCGGGUUUCCGGUUUUUGGGAAUUCUUGUGUAACGAGAAAUGAUUCUUCGUCCCUUGUGUCCACCUCAGCGUCGCUUCGUUGCUCUCGUGAAAGUGGAAAAAUAAAAACCGAAACGGAAAACAGAGGAUUCGAUAUUAACGUCGCGUGGGAGGAUCCUGCAAACAAGCAGAUUGACAUGGGUGACGACGAUAUACUUGAUAAAAAACCCGACACAGAAACCGAUAAAGUCAAGAACAAUUUUGACUUGAAUUCUUGUUUGACCGAGGUUGAAGAUGUCGUAAUAGCCGAGUGUGUUAAGAAUUCGAGUGAUAAACCGAAGAAGAUAACAUUGGAUAUUGAUUUAGAAGCCCCUGCUGUUCCGGAGGAUGAUGAAGAAGAAGCCAUCGUUGACGAAUUACUUGCCAAGGUGGCAGCUGAAGCGAUAGUUGAGAUGACGGGGAUAUCCGGUCAGCAAGAUCAAGUGGGGUCCACGUCUGACGUGGCGGUUUGUUCUGAUGACAAUGACGGUCUGUUAUGGUUUGUUCAGGUAAUUGAAAAUGCGGGUCUUGUCGCUAACGAGAUGGAUGAAUUCGAAGAGUUGACUUUGCAACAAGAGUUGACUAAAGAAGAAGAUUACAUGCCCAAGCCUUUGGCUCCUGAUUUCCCAGAGCCGGAUGAAGCGGGCCCGUCAUCGGGCCCAACCCGACCCAGAAGAGGUCAAGCUAGACGAGGUAGGCCCAGGAGAGACUUCCAAAGGGACAUCCUUCCCGGGCUAGUUUCUCUUUCGAGACACGAGGUAACCGAAGAUCUUCAGAUAUUUGGCGGGUUAAUGAGAGCUACGGGGCAUUCUUGGAAUGUGGGACCGACAAGGAGGAACGGAACCAGGGGAAGGCGGAAGUCCGUGGCGGUGGUUGUUGAACCCCCGCCCCCUGCUGCCUCCCCACCGCCACCACCACCACCACCACCACUACCACCGCCGACAUUGUCGGAGGAAAGAAGCCUAACGGGGUGGGGGAAGACGACUAGACGUCCUCGGAGACAACGGUGUGCUGCGGGUACUUCUGUGGCGGUCCCGCUAACGUAAUUUUGGUGCAUUGAUUAUUAUUAUUAUUAUUAUAUCUACAUGAACUCUGAAUUACAGAGGGAGGUAAAUCAAUUUAGGGAGAGUUUUUUUUAUGGCUUGUUGAGAGUGAAACUUGUUGUGGAUAUUGCCAUUGUACAUUUCUGUCAUAUCCCAAAAUACAGGUACGGUUCAACCUGA